UUUUCACAGGUAGAUACAGGAAGUAGGGAGAAAACCAGAACACGCAGGCCGUGGAGCCCUACCGUUUUUCUUUAGUUGUAUCAAUUUAAAGGACCCUCUCUUUUUUAUAAGUGCAUUUUCCCCUUUGAAGGUACUUUCUGCCCAAAAUACGAUUUUAAUCACCACGUGACGUCAUUCGUCCGGAUAACAGGAAGCAUAAUGAGUGUGGGAUUCAUUGGAGCAGGCCAGCUGGCGCAGGCUCUGGUGAGGGGCUUCUCGGUUGCAGGUGUCAUCGCCACCCACAGGAUCACAGCCAGCUCUCCAGACACUGAACUCCCCACAGUGCAGCAGCUCCGGAAGAUGGGUGUGAACUUCACCACCAGCAACAAGGAGACAGUGAACAAAAGUGACGUCCUUUUCCUGGCUGUCAAACCCCACAUCAUCCCUUUUGUUCUUGAUGAGAUCGGGCCAGAUAUUGAAGAUCGCCACCUAAUUGUUUCAUGUGCUGCAGGUGUUACUAUCAGCUCCAUAGAGAAGAAACUGCAGCAAUACCGGAGUUCUCCAAAAGUAAUGCGCUGCAUGACCAACACUCCGGUGGUGGUGCGGGAAGGAGCCACCGUCUACGCCACAGGUACACAUGCAGAGGUGGAGGAUGGGAAGCUUCUGGAACAGCUGAUGGCGAGUGUUGGUUACUGCACUGAGGUGGAGGAGGACCUGAUUGAUGCUGUCACAGGCCUGAGUGGCAGUGGACCUGCCUAUGCAUUCCUAGCUGUGGACGCACUUGCUGAUGGUGGAGUAAAAAUGGGCCUGCCGAGGAGGCUGGCUGUACGCCUCGGAGCACAAGCCCUGCUGGGUGCAGCUCGAAUGCUGCUGGACUCAGAGCAACACCCUGGGCAGCUUAAAGACAAUGUUUGCUCACCAGGGGGCGCCACCAUCCAUGCCCUUCAUGUCAUGGAAAGUGGUGGCUUUCGAAGCCUCCUCAUAAAUGCUGUAGAGGCCUCUUGUGUAAGAACGAGGGAACUUCAGUUUUUGGCUGACCAAGAGAAGAUCUCUUCAGCUGCCAUCAAGAAAACCACCCUGGAUAAAGUUCUUCAGCAGCCAGGAGUCACUGCAGAAACUGUCAGUGUCAGAAAUCGUGGGAUCAGUAUGUUUAACAGCUCUAAUCCUAAGAUCAAGAAGAACUGAAUCCAUUUUAAAAGGGCCCCUUUGCAGCAUUGUAUGUACAGUCAGAAAAAAACACUGUUUAAGAAAACAAACCUGUCAUAGAAUACUGUUAAGUUCUCACUUCAGGGAGAUAAAAGCGGAUUUAUGCCAAGACUACAGGCAAAAUAUGUGAGCAAUAACUUUUGUGGGGAUUUUUUCAUUUGUUUCCUCGGUAGUAAAAUAAAGUCAACAUUUGGUGGGGAAACUUUUUUUUUAUUAUUUCAUAUAAUAUACAUCUUUCUUGUGAAAUGUAUCAGCAAAUAUCUUACUUUGUAA